AUGUACACACACGCACAGAGAGAGUCUACCAGGAACACGCCCAGAGGAGAGGCGCGAGCGCAGGCACACAGACACACACAAUCACACACACAUACACAGCCGAGGCUGCCGCAGCGACACCUGCACGGAUCACUGGGCCCGUCCACUGCUGAGUACGCGGGGGGGCACUACGACAGUGCGUCGGCCGAUGAUGAAUUGGG